AACACUUCAUUAGAAAUUGAGCAAGAUCAGUACGAACAUUAUCUUGCAAACAGAGUCGUCAAACUUGUUGAACAGGGAGAUGGUUAUGAUUAUGUAUAUCAUACAAAAACUGUUUCACAAAAAACAAAAAUAAAAACAUUUUAUUACUGGUGUAAUUGUCGUGAGGACCUGGCUUCAAAACACAAAAAACAUAGCGAUGUUUCAAAGCAACGAAAUACUG